AUGCUCCGCAAAUGGCUUGCUCUUCGGGAUGGACACAGGAAUCAUCGGUCCUGUUACCGACAUGAAAGACUUCAAAGCCGAAUUCGGGGGAGCGAAAACGCAACUAUCCAUGGCCUCAUCGUCUCCUCUAUCUUGAUCCCAGCUGCUCUCUCGUCAUUUUUUGCUGGUCAUGUUGCCGAUCGCCUCGGUCGGCCGAAGGGCAUUUGUAUCGGAACCUUUAUCUUCGGUCUCGGGGCUGCUAUCGAAGCGGGAGCUAUCCAUAUCGCGAUGUUCGUCGUUGGUCGGCUGAUUGAAGGUGUUGGGGAAGGCCUUUUCCUCGGCAAUCUGGUAGUUUUGAUCUGUGAGAUCUCGCCUACCAAAACGAGAGGCACCCUCACAACUGGUCCUCAGCUUGCCUGUACCCUUGGAUUGGUUGUAGGGUAUUUUGUCAGCUAUGGAACCUCCAGCAUUCAAUCCUCUCUCUCAUGGCGCACACCAUGGAUUGUUCUUUCAGCCUGCGCUAUCAUUAUUUGUGGUAUUUCUCUGGCUUUCCUGCCAGAAUCACCCCAAUGGCUCGGUCUUCACGGUCGCUAUCAGGAAGCCGAAGAGGCGUGGGAAAAUUUGGGUGUGCCUCUUGCAGACCGUGAGCCUGUGAAGGCUGAAGUACAAGUGCAAGAAGUUGAGUCUGACACAGAGGAAGAGGAGUUUAAUCCUGGCCCCAAGAAGAAAACUGCCGGCGCCGUUUUAGAUAUCUUUUCAAGGGAUGUCCGAGGUCGGACUGCGCUGGGCGUAUUCCUGAUGGGUAUGCAGCAAUGGAGUGGUAUCGACGGAGUGCUUUACUACGCCCCACAACUCUUUCAAAAAGCCGGUCUUGCCUCAUCAGAAGCAAGCUUCCUAGCUUCCGGUGUAUCGGCACUUGUGAUUUUUGCUGUGACAAUCCCAGGGCUAAUCUAUGCCGACUCAUGGGGUCGUCGAAGCAGCGUCAUCCUCGGUGGCAUCGGAAUGGGCAUCUUAAUGUUUACGAUGGGAGGUUUAUAUGCUGGAGAUGCUGUGACCGGCGCCGGUCGCUGGAUUGUCAUCAUCUGCAUUUAUCUCUUUGCUGCUCUCUACUCAGCCACUUGGGGUAUCACCGUCAAAGUCUACAGUGCCGAGAUUCAGCCUCAAUGCACGCGAGCAGCAGCCACCACACUGGCCCAUUCUAGUAAUUGGGUGUGUAACUUUACUGUAGCUUUGAUCACACCUGUUUUACUUGCGAAGAGCAACUUUGGAGUCUAUAUUCUGUUUGGUGGAUGCUGUGUAAUCACUGUUAUAGUCAGCAUUCUUUUUAUGCACGAAACCCAAGGAAAAAGCUUCAAGAAGAUUGAAGAAUCAUUCAAGGGAAGUUCAGUCAAGGGAAACCGUCUAUGGAGGCGCACUGCCGGCAAGGUAUAA